AAUAGCUUAAUCUCGUCCUCUUCUAAAACUAUGGCGGUGGAGCCUUUAACCUCUGGUGCAAGUGGUCGCAUAAACGCGCUAUUCUCCUUGCGUCCUUUGGACCUCUUGUUGCCGUUAAAUGCUGUCGUUUUGUUGCUGCUUUUGCAGUUCCGGGGAACAAGACGUGCAUCCGCGAUCAGUUCCGGGGAGAAAGUGGGGAAGGAAGAGAAACAGGAGAGCCGGAGGAAAGGGUCCUCGUCUUCGCCGGCUGUGGUGAGGGUUCCGGUGGCUAUGUUGCCACCUAGAACCGCGGCGGUGGUCGUGGACCAGGAGGUUGCGGCGAGGCGGUCGUUGGCGAUCGAGAGGGUGGCUCAGGACGAUGAUGACAAAACGGUGAGGGAGUUUUCGCUGUUUACAAAUGCAAGAGGUGACACCUUAUUUACUCAGUCUUGGACUUCCGUUUCUGUCAUAGUCAGGGGAGUAGUUGUUCUGUUGCAUGGCCUGAAUGAACACAGUGGUAGGUACAGUGAUUUUGCAAAGCGUCUUAAUGCUAAUGGAUUCAAGGUCUAUGGAAUGGACUGGAUUGGACAUGGUGGAAGCGAUGGUCUACAUGCAUAUGUUCAUUCUCUUGAUUAUGCUGUUGCUGAUACGAAAAUGUUCCUUGGAAAGGUUUUAACCGACAAUCCCGGGCUUCCAUGCUUUUGCUUUGGUCAUUCAACGGGUGGUGCAAUUGUCCUUAAGGCGGUACUUGAUCCGAAGGUUGAAGCCAAUGUAUCAGGCAUUAUACUGACUUCUCCAGCUGUAGGUGUACAGCCAUCUCAUCCGAUUUUUGUGGUGCUUGCUUCAGUUGUAUCAUUUCUAUUGCCAAGAUACAAAGUCAGUGUCACGAAUAAAAAGGCCUUGCCGGUUUCUAGGGACCCAGAGGCGCUGGUGGCCAAGUAUUCAGAUCCACUGGUAUGCACCGGACCCCUCUGGGUGAGAACUGGUCAUGAAAUUCUUAGAAUUACAUCCUACUUGCAGCAGAAUAUGAACAGAUUGAGAGUUCCCUUAUUUGUUCUCCACGGAAUGGAUGAUACUGUAACCGAUCCUCGAGCUUCUCAGAAACUGUAUGUAGAAGCUGCCUCCACCGACAAAACGAUCAGACUGUUUGUAGGCCUGCUACACGAUCUCCUAUUCGAACCAGAACGAGAAACCAUAGUGGGUGACAUAAUCCAGUGGUUAAAUUGUAGGGUAUAGAAAAGCGAGUCA